AGCUCAGUACAGAAUGAUCGAGGUUGUGUGUAAUGACCGCCUGGGCAAAAAAGUCCGCGUUAAGUGCAACACAGAUGACACCAUCGGGGACCUCAAGAAGCUGAUCGCGGCCCAGACAGGUACCCGUUGGAACAAGAUCGUGCUGAAGAAAUGGUACACAGCUUUCAAAGACCACGUGUCUCUGGGGGACUUUGAAAUUCACAAUGGGAUGAACUUGGAGCUUUAUUACCAAUAG